AUGCCGCCGCUGUCCCGCAGGGGGCGCUGGGUCACUAUGUUCUCCUACUGUAAUGAGGGAUCACGCUGUCGCCGCCAUCUUUUUGGAGUCUGGAGUGUAGCGGAUGCCGAGCUCUGGCGCCCCCUGGUGUUUGUGCUGGAGGCCGGAAGUGCAGCGCACGUGGGGAAGAUGGAGCUGCUGGCGGCGGAGCUUCACCGGGUGCAGGCGCUGAAGAGUCGCCUCUACCGGACGGCUCGGCAUGCGGGGGCGCAGUAUCACACGGUCUGCGGCGUUCCGUACACCGCCCUCCCCCUCACCACCAUCAUGUCAACUCAACAGUUACCGAUGCUGAUCCGCAGGAAAGAGGCCAAAGAUUACGGAACCAAGCGUCUGGUGGAGGGCGCCAUCACCCCGGGGACACGAUCAUUGAGGACAGCGGAGGGGCUGCAGGUGACGGACGCCAUUGUGCUGGUGGACAGAGAGCAGGGCGGAGAAGCUGGCGGAGAGCGGCAUCACGCCAUCUGCACCCUCAGCCAGCGCAUGGACGUCCUGCAGCAGCUGGAGACGGUGGAGAACGUCAGGAGGUUUAUAGCAGGGUGAGCGCACCCGUCCGGGCCCCCGCAGCGCCCUCAGCUACUCCACCCGCGCCGCCCUCCCACUCACCCCAUGGCACAGCGGCUGCUCUGCCUGAUGGAGAAGCAGCAGAGUAACCUGUGCGUGCCAGCCGACUUCACGGAGCUGCUCCGGCUGGCCGAGGAGCUGGGACCCUCCAUCUGUAUGCUGAAGUCCCACGUGGACAUCCCGAGUGACUACGCCCGACGUCUCCGGGCGCUCAAGUUUGCAGACAUUGGGAACACGGUGACGUGAGGGUGAGGACCCCAUCCUUCUCGGUCUCUGGGGGGCACGGUGACCCAACUUUUGAUCUUUUCUGUAGGUGGCGUUUUCAGAAUCUCUUCUUGGGCCGAUGUGGUGAAUGUCCAUGCGCUGGGCCCCCGGGUGGUCCAAGGUCUGCAGGAGGCGAGGGAGGAGUUGGGCAGGGGCUGCCUCGUGAUCGCUGAGAUGAGUUCCAAGGGGUCACUGGCUACUGGAGAGCGCACCAAGGCGGCUGGGAGUAGUCUGCUGGUGGCGGAGGAGCACCCCACCUUUGUGUUCGGCUUUAUCGCUGGAGGUGAAGUGAGUGAGCGGCCAUGGUUUCUGCACCUGAUGCCGGGAGGUGAGUGCUAUCACAGGACACCUCACAUCAUACAGAAACCAGGCGCCUCAUGGCCGCUCCUGCCCACACCACAGGUGACCAGAUCCGACUACAGGUGGUAGGGCGCGGAGGGGCAUGCUGCGACCCCGCUGGUCCAGAAGAUGGGAUCCGGUGACCCCUUCACUACUGAUCUGUGUGGAUGUAGUGAGCAGCUGGAAGACCCCCAUAAGAUCCACUCUCCGGUUAUGGGGGUCACUCACAGGAGCUUCUCUGAGACAGCCGUACCAGACGUCCUGUCAUCUCACAAGUGGCUGGAGGGGGGUACCACGCUGGUCACUUUUCUGAUAUCAUGGCCGCCACAACGGUACGCCGGAUCCCAGCAACACCAGACAGACCCCAUUAAAGGCGCCAGCAACCCCUGACUGGAGACGUGGACGUAG